AUGACCAACGGCGGUGCCAACGGUGGUGCCAACGGUGGUACUGACGGCGAGGCUUGCCGCAACUGUGGUAACGCGGGCCACUUCGCACGCGAUUGUCCGGAACCCAAGAAGAUGACCGGCGAGUGCUUCAACUGUGGUGAGACUGGACACAACAAGGCCGACUGCACCAAUCCUCGCGUCGAGCGUCCGUUCACCGGCACUUGCCGUAUCUGCAACCAAGAAGGUCACCCCGCCCGCGAAUGUCCCCAGAAGCGUCCUACGGUCUGUAAGAAUUGUCAAGAGGAAGGCCACGUCACUUCGGAGUGCAAGAAUCCGCGCAAGCUCGACUUCGGCGUGCCGAAGAUGAACGAUGAGGAGGCUUGGGAGUUGCUCAAGAAGGCUGACACGGAGCGUGGUCUCGACGAGUUCAAGACCGCUGUCAAGGUCUACGCCCAGGCUGUUCCCGCCGUCGACUUUGCCGAGCUUGAGCACACUCUUCGCUCGGAGGAGAUGAAUGUCCACCUGAUCGCUCUUGAAAGGGAGAUCCCGGACACCAUGACCAUUGUCAACCUUAAGGGCAAGAUCGACUGCAAGUACGUCGUCGGCUACUACUUCUCUCCUAACCCAAAGCGCAAGAAGUUUGCCGAGGGCUGGCCGCCAUCUCCGGAGGAGAACAUCCAACGCCUGAAGGACGCCGGCAUGGUCAUGGACCGUAUGGUACCGAAAUGCGACCGCUGUGGCGAGAUGGGACACAUCGCGAAGUCUUGCAAGGAGGAGCGUACCGCUCCCGUCGACCGCAUCGAGGUCAAGUGCGUACUCUGCCAGGAGGUCGGUCACCGUGCGAGGGACUGCAAGCAAGAACGCAUCGAUCCAACCGCCUGCCGGAACUGUAAACAGUCAGGACACCGUGCCGCCGACUGCCCUGAGCCGAGAUCCGCGGAAGGAGUAGAAUGCAAGCGAUGUGGAGAGACCGGUCACUUCGCUCGGGACUGCCCGACGAGUGGAGGGCGCGAAUGCCGCAACUGUGGUCAGGAAGGGCACAUGGCAAAAGAUUGCGAUCAAGAGAGGAAGAUUACGUGCCGUAACUGCGGAAAGGAUGCAGUUGGUCACUUCUCGCGUGACUGCCCCGAGCCAAAGGGUUGGUCCAAGGUCCAAUGCAGCCAAUGCGGCCAAAUGGGCCACACCAUCAAGCGCUGCAAGCAGGUUGCCGACGAUGGUGACAGCGGCGCUCUCAUCGAUGCUCCUUCCGUCGAUGUUGGUGGAGAUGGCUGGGGCGGUGCCGCGGUCACUGGCGAGAAUUCAUGGAACUCUGGAGGAGAUGCCGCCGGCGGUGACAGCUCCUGGUAG